CUGAUACUUGGACAAAGAACUCACAAGCCAAAAGCCCCUGCAGGCCAAAAGGGUUCAGAAGACUAGGACAGCAAAGUAAACAGAAAACUUCUUCCAAAUCUGGAUCCUCAAAAAUAUCAACUUCAUCCGUCCGAAGACGAAGACGAUGAUGAGAACAAUAAAAAUGAAGAUAAAGGAUAUCAGUACAGUCAUUUCUACAAUCAGCAUUUUCAUCAGCCAGAUAAAAGCGUUGGAAAAUCAUCAAUAGAUAUCCACCAAGAAAAAUGGCCAGACCUGAUUUCAUCUGGCCAAACAUUGGAUCCAAAUCACCAACACAUCAAAUCUGCAAAGUUUAAAGGGAGAAUGCAAGACGUUUCCAAUCAAGGGUCAACAAGAUUGAAGCCUAAAAGAGCAAAAGGAAAUAGUAUAGAGAUCCCUGGUGGGCGCAUUUUUCGAUCCACAGGAAGAAAGGACCGGCACAGCAAGGUCGGUACUGCUAGAGGUCCGAGGGACAGACGAGUUAGACUAUCACCAAACACUGCUAUCGAGUUCUAUGACGUGCAAGACCGGCUUGGCUAUGACCGUCCCAGUAAAGCCAUUGAUUGGCUAAUGAAGGAGGCAAAAGCUGCUAUUGAUGCUCUUGAGCAUGAUUCUAGCUAUGCUACCACAACCAAUCUUGAUGGUUGCAGCAUUUUGAUGCAACCAAGAAAUCCUCUACCAGAAAAAGGCCUUGAUGUUCAAGAAGAGAGCAGAAUUAACUGCUCAGAAUCUGCAUGUAGAAUUGACGGCCAAGAGUAUAUGAAUAACGAUGAUACCUCCAUCAACAAUUUCAGUUUCUUUUCCAUGGAAAAUGGUGUCAUUCCAACCACAUCCUCACUUGGCUUCUAUAGCUACCCACAUGGUGGUGAUCUUAGUACUUCAAGAAACAAUAAAAGUCAAACACAAGGGCUUUCUCCGUCUUUCCACACUGUCCAAGAUUUCUCUUUUCUUUUUUCUGGUGGUCAACAGGGUCUAAUUCCGCCACCCUCCUCCUCAUCCCACUGUCAAGGUGAAAUCAAUUCAGAAACGGCUAGAUGUCAAAGAAUUUUGGCUUGGAAUUCUAAUUCUAGCAAUGCAAAAGGAUCUCAGGAGACUCUAGUCAACUCUGAGCUGCCACUACAUUUUCCAUCACCUUUUGACCAGAAUCAGUUGCUUUUUCACAGGGAACCCCUUCAGUCCAGCUUCUCUCCAAUCCGUGGUCCAACAUUGGAUAGCCAAUUUCCAAAUUUAUGUUUUUCAAGCGCUAGAUUUUCCAGUGAUGGUGGGUUAUCAGAACUUUCUGCUGCAGCCAGAAUUCCAGGCCCUGAGAAGCAAAAGCCAGUUUCUAGCAAGCCAUCUUCACCUACAAAUCUUCUGCAUUAUCAAGACUAAUCAUCUUCUAGGUUUCAUCUUUUUUGUGCUUUGUAGGUGUAUGUUUUAUUAUGUUACUAUAAUUUCUUUAAUGUUAUUGUAGCUGAUUUGCUAAUGUGCCUUUGUUAAAUUUGGGUGUUGAUAGCAAUUGUUAUGAAGAGGUGUAGCUAUCAGCUGAAAGGUCAGUGGUUGGCAUCUGUUGCUUUCACUUCAAUAGUUUCAAGUUUGGUAAUACACCAACAUGCACUUUCAAAAUUGUUGCCCAUUUUCAGAAAGUACGCAAAUUUGGCAUUCACUAUGCAUGAUUGUCUUGGCUACAUCACUUUUCUUUCUUGGAUACGAACAUCUCCUAGCUGUCAG